AUGGCUGCUAGAUUUUCUUCACAUAACAACGAUACGAUGGACAAUGAUUCCUUAGCAGAUUUUAUGUAUAUUUCACUUUUGAUUACUGAUUUGACAACUGCAUUAAGUGGUGCCUUCAUAUUCCUGUUACACAUUGACUAUCUGGCUUUCAACAACACCACGUCGAUAUAUCCUGGUAAACGACUUAUUGGUCCAGUUCUACUCUCGUUCUUCUGCUAUAUCAUCACGGGAGCAAUGUUAGUCCCACUUUACGUCCUUCAUUUGCAGCCAGAAACUUACGAUAUAUCAACCGGAAACUGUUGGCCAUUUAACAGAGAAGGUACUUUCUUGCUGUACGAAGCUUUGUCUGUGGUUCCCCACUGCCUGUUGAUUCUAGUGUCUGGUGGAAUGACAAUCGGUGCCUACAUAUCCCGAUCUUAUUUGUUGAACAUAUCCAAGGAACUAAAUCUUGUACGUCGUCCAGUAGAUCUGAAUCUAGCAGGUGCCCUGACAGUACUUCUACACUGUGUACCAUAUCUUUACAGUAUUGUCAAUAAACUCGUCUGUGUCUGUCUUCAAUGUUCUGAAAUGACCGGAUUAGAUAUUCUCAUACCUUUACUGCCUUUCUUUAAAUGUGUUAUCCUUCCCUUUGUUUGGCUCUUCUGUCCAGACUUCAGAACUGCACUCAGUUUGUGCUGCACAAAACGUCAAAAGAGAGUUACCAUAAAACUUCCUGCAGAAAUUGAAAACAACAGGAUUGAAAAUCACACAAAUGAGACAAAUAAUUCUAAAUCUCCGAAGCUGAAAACUAAGGCAGAACCAACACCACCAGCUAUCCCAGAAUCUGAAGUCAUCGAAUCUAUUCCGGAUGAAAACAAUGAAGAAAAGGUUUUGAUGGUUUAG